AUGAAAUGUCACUAUGAAGUUUUGGAAGUUAGUAUGACUGCGAAUGAUGACGAAAUAAGAAAGUCUUAUCGAAAAUUAGCCUUGAAAUGGCAUCCUGACAAGAACCUGAAUAAUACUGAGGUAGCUAAACAACAGUUCCAAUUGAUCCAACAAGCCUAUGAAGUACUUAGUGAUCCUCAAGAGAGAUCAUGGUAUGAUAAACAUCGGGAUUGCAUUUUGAAAAGUGGACUAGGGUCAGAUUAUAAAGAUGAUAGUCUUAAUGUUUAUGAAUAUUUUACUACCUCUUGCUUUGUUGGGUAUGGUGAUGAUCUAAAAGGAUUUUAUAGUGUAUAUGGUGAAGUGUUCAAUAAAUUAGCUGCUGAAGAUUCAGAAUUUGAUAAGAAUCUUGAUAGUGAUUUUGAAAUUCCUCACUUUGGUGAUUCCAAAAGUUCCUAUGAAGAGAUAGUGCAUCCAUUCUAUGCAUAUUGGCAAAGUUAUUCCACAAAGAAGUCAUACUCUUGGCUUGAUCAAUAUGAUAUUAGACAAGCUCCAAACAGAAAAGUUCUUCGCCUUAUGGAAAAAGAAAAUAAAAAAAUCAGAGACAGAGCUAGGAAAGAACGCAAUGAAGAAGUCAGAGCUCUUGUAGCAUUUGUUAGAAAGAGGGACAAACGUGUGAUAGAGCAUGUUAAGAAGCUUGAACAAGAAUCUAUUGAAAAAGAACAAAAGUCUAAAGAACUUAGGCGUCAACAGAUGUUGAAGAGACAGUCUGAAAUAAAUAAUUAUGUAGAAAAUGACUGGUCAAAAUUCUCAAAUCUAGAAAGUGAAUUGAAAGAAAUUGAAGCUAGUUUAGCAGCAGAGUUUCAGGAUCAGGAAAAUGAUGAUUCUUCUAAUGAAGAAGACGAAAUGUUUGACAAUUUCUUUUGCGUUGCCUGCAAUAAAAUUUUUAAAACAGCUAAAGCAUUUUCAAAUCAUGAAAAUUCUAAAAAACAUAAGGAGAAUAUCGAAGCUUUAAAACUAGAAAUGGCAGAGUUUGAAGAGGAAGAUGAAACUGAAGGUGGUGAUGAAAUUGAAGAAAAUUUAGAAGGAUCUGAUGUCAAUGAAGAAGAAGGGACAGAUUUAGCAAGUGCUAAAGAUUUUAAUACUAAAUCAUCUGAAGCUUCACUCCUUGAAGAUUCAGAAGAUGAAGUGGUUAGACCAGUUAAGAAAAAGAAACAAAAACAGAAAAAAAGAUUUAUGAAACCUCCAGAAUCUGAAUUAUCAGAUGAUAGUCUUACUAAAAGCCUUCAUAUUCAUAAAAAAUUAAAUGACCCUAAACAAGUCACUAGAGAUGAUGAAAACUUAUUAGCUGCAAGUUUACCAGAAUCAGAUAUUACUGAAAAUGAAAUAAGUGAUUCUAUUCAUGAUGAUAUAAAAGAUUCUAAAGUAGGAAAAACACGAAGUGAGAAAAAAAGAAAAGCUCGUCAAAGAAAAACUUUAGAACGUAUUGAAUCUUCUGAAACUGAUUUAGCAUUGGAGGGGUUAGCUAUUCAAAAUAAGAAAAAAAACAAAGCAGCUGAAGAUAAUAAUACAGAUUUGGCUUCUAGGUCUAAAAAGAAAAAUAAAAGAAAAGAAAGUAAGAACAAAGGAAAAAUAACAAUUGAAAACAAACCUCCACUGAGUAAUACAUCUAGAGAAACUGAAACUAGUGAUAGUAGAAUUCAAAGUGAACCAAAGUGUGAGAUGUGUGAUGAUACUUUUAAGUCAAAAAAUGAAUUAUUUAAACACCUUAGAGAAACAGGGCAUGCUAAGGUUAAAGUAGUAGAAUGUAAUAGUAAUCACAAAAAUAAGAAGAAGGUGAAAUAG